AUGCAACAAGAAGUAAUUCAAGAGCCCUUUGCUGGUUGGAAGAAUAUAAAACUUCCUGCGUUGAUAGGGGCAGAUCUGAUCUCUGCUGGUUUAUCAGCGACACUCAUUGCACCUGUGGUGACAGCUAUUGACAGGGCUGUGGUCGAAAAUGCUGCAUCAAGCAAGAACCCUUUGCUUCCGACCUUGAAAAGGCAUUUAGCAUGCACCUUCCGUCAUCCAAAAGCAUUCUUUCAAGCAAAGCCAUUCUUCAUCGUUUGGACGCUCUAUGCUGCGACAUAUGUCACCGCCAAUGUCGCUGAGACUACUACCUCAACAUUGAUGAAACAUGUCGAUGAUAUGGUUAAUCGUUCCAUAAUCUUCGUUUCGACAUGUGUAGUCAAUGUUCCCUUAGGUGUGUGGAAGGAUGUUCGCUUCGUACAGAUCUAUGGCGGUUCAGCCCCUACGAAGCCAGCCAGUCCUUCCAUAGCAGCAAAAGCUGCGACAGCCACCGUGAAAGCUGCUGCGGCAACAUCUUCCAUAAAGCCCCCAGUGGUUAAGCCUGGACGAGUUCCCAAGAUAGUCGGUGCGACAUUCCUCUUUCGCGACGCACUCACCAUCUUUGGAUCCUUCACUUUGGCACCAAUUCUCUCCGAGUCUGUCCCUACCUCCGUCGCCAGUGAUCCGAGGAUCAAGGAGGCAAUAUCGCAACUUGGAGUACCAGUAUUGACUCAGCUUGUCGCAACGCCAUUCCAUUUGCUUGGUUUAGAUCUCUACCGUUGCUCGCAAAGCCAGCUCAGUGAUCGAAUAUCAAGGAUCAGGAGUAAUCUAGGACCCGUCACGCUUCUACGAUGCUGUCGGAUCAUUCCAGCGUUUGGGGUGGGGUGUAUUGUCAAUAUUAACCUUCGAGCUGCACUUCAUGAGAAAUUUGGUUCUGAGUAA